GUGCUAUUUUUGCUGAUCCGGCUUUGUGAUGGUCAUAGAUUUUUUUAUUGACUGACGGAAUCGGACCAUUUCGAAAGCUGGUUUGCAGGACUGCAGGACGGGCGGAAAAUGAAAGCUCCCAUUCCUCUCCUCAUCCUGCUCUACUCCACGAUCGUCCAGAGCCUGAAGGUUGUGUCCAAGCGAGGUUCAGUGGACGGCUGCACGGAUUGGUCGGUGGACUACUUGAAGUACAAAGUGCUUGUGGGGGAGCCAGUGCGGAUUAAGUGCGCCUUGUUUUACGGAUACAUCCGGGCCAACUACACGCACGCCCAGAGCGUGGGGCUCAGCCUGAUGUGGUACAGGAGCUCCGGCCACGGGGACUUCGAGGAGCCCAUCUCUUUCGACGGCGUCCGCAUGAGCAAAGAGGAGGACGCCAUCUGGUUCCGCCCCGCAGACCUGCAGGACAUCGGACUCUACUCCUGCGUGCUCAGGAAUUCCACGUAUUGCAUGAAGGUGUCGAUGUCUCUAACGGUGGCGGAAAAUGACACAGACCUCUGCUACAACUCCAAAAUGCGCUAUUCCGAGAAGGCCGAGCUGAGCAAAAGCAAGGACAUCACCUGCCGCGACAUCGAGGACUACGUUCAGGCUGCCAAGGAGUCAGAGAUCGUGUGGUACAAGGAAUGCAAGUCCAAACAAUGGAGGGAGAGUAUUUUGCUGAAAAAGGACACCCUUUCCAUCCGCGAGGUCCACGAAGACGACAUAGGAAAUUACACCUGCGAAUUACAGUUUGGAAACUUUGUCGUGCGAAGGACCACUCAGCUGACCGUCACAGCUCCUUUGACGGACAAGCCGCCGAAGAUCCUCUUCCCAUCCGAGAACAAAAUGACCACCAUGGAGAUACAAAUCGGUGGUCCGGUGAACCUCACGUGCCGUGCGUUUUUCGGCUACAGCGGAGAUGUCAGCCCCCUGGUCUACUGGAUGAAGGGGGAGAAGUUCAUCGAAGACCUGGACGAGGGCCGGGUUCAGGAGAGCGAAAUAAAGGUCAUCCGGGAGCACCUGGGAGAACAGGAAGUGUCAAUCUCCCUGACGAUGGAUGCGGUGGAGGAGGGGGACCUGGGUAAUUACUCGUGCUAUGUGGAGAACGGGAACGGCCGCAGGCAGGCCAGCAUCCAGCUCACGAAGAGGGCAGAGCUGAUGUACACGGUUGAGCUGGCCGGAGGUCUGGGUGUGAUCCUGUUGCUGCUGGUGUGCCUGGUCACUCUGUACAAGUGCUACCGGAUCGAGCUCAUGCUCUUCUACCGGAACCACUUUGGCAGCGAUGACGUGGAUGGAGAAAACAAGGACUAUGACGCGUACCUGUCCUACACCAAAGUGGACCCGGACCAGUGGAGCCAGGAGACACGGGAAGAGGAGCGCUUUGCCCUGGAGAUCCUGCCAGAUGUCCUGGAAAAGCAUUAUGGGUAUAAACUCUUCAUUCCAGACAGAGAUUUGAUCCCGACAGGAAGUUUCACCAAUGAUCAUUUCCAGGAUGAUACAAGACUGCUUAGAGCGUACAUCGAGGACGUGGCGCGCUGCGUGGACCAGAGCAAGCGGCUGAUCAUCGUCAUGACGCCCAACUACGUGGUGCGGCGGGGCUGGAGCAUCUUCGAGCUGGAGACGCGCCUGCGCAACAUGCUGAGCACGGGCGAGAUCAAGGUGAUCCUCAUCGAGUGCGCGGAGCUGCGCGGCAUCAUGAACUACCAGGAGGUGGAGGCGCUCAAGCACACCAUCAAGACUCUGACCGUCAUCAAGUGGCACGGCCCCACCAGCAGCAAGCUCAGCUCCAAGUUCUGGAAGAGGCUGCGCUACGAGAUGCCGUUCCGCCCCGCCGAGCCGGCGGCCGCGCGGGAGCCGGUGCUGGACGCCAGCGAGCAGGGGCCCUUCGGCGAGCUGCAGACCGUCUCCGCCAUCUCCAUGGCAGCCGCCACCUCCACCGCCAUGGCGACGGCCCACCCGGAGCUGCGCUCCACCUUCCACAACACCUACCACACCCAGAUGCGGCAGAAACACUACUACCGCAGCUACGAGUACGACGUCCCGGCCGGGGGCACCCUGCCCCCGCUCUCGUCGCUGGGCAACCAGCACACCUACUGCAACAUCCCCAUGACUCUGCUCAACGGCCAGCGGCCUCAGGCCAAGUCGCCGCGGGAACAGAGCCUGGAGGAGGCCCACGCCAACAACGCCAUGCUCCCGCUGUUGCCACGGGAGACCAGCAUCUCCAGCGUCAUCUGGUGA